CGUCAUAGGUAAUCCCGGCUGUCGUAGGAGGUAAUUUCGUUGGCCUUUGUUGUUGCGUGUCCACGAUACAGCCAGCGUCACGCUAAACAUUUUCUGCUCAACAAAGCUUAUUGUUCCUUUGUGUUCGCUACAGACUGACUAAGACUCAACUAUAGAAGAGCCGGGUUGCGAUUUUUGCAAAAGAAGUGUCGAAGGAGGAACGUCGAAGAUGCGUCAGAUGGACCUGACACGUUUUGACCUGGUUGACCUUAACACGUCAGAGUGCGACGUCUGUCACCAAGUCACCAGAGAGGAGCUGGUCCACUGUCCAGAGUGUCUUGAAAACUCUCCCAGCACGACAGAUAAAACUCCUCACACAAACUCAAGAGGUCACAGGGAAUGCUUUGAGAGGUGGCACGACAUUUUGCGACGGUCAACGCCCAGUCCGCACCGGUCUCCUGUCCCGAAAGCUGCAGUCUCCGCGAGACCCGAACAGUCGACCUAUUCCGAAGUCAAAGACUUUGUCAGCACGACGCUACGGUGGUUCAAGAACGACGCGCAGAAAUCCAACACAACAAUGCCGAGCGUACCAAUCAGCAGAUACGAGAACGUCACCAUGCCUAGGUACUGCAGCAAACGCAUGGACACACGGAACAAGUUCCUGGCCCAACUACAGGGACUCCCCGUGUACAAAGACAAUACUCUCCUCAACUUGGUGAAAAAGAAGAAGGCGCCAAGACCGCAGUUUUACGUCGGCGACUCAGAAGAUGAGGAGAGAAGAGAGAUCUACAACGAGUUGCGACGAAACAGCGAAUCAUCAUCGUCGUCAGAAGAUGAAGAAGAUAUCUGCGUGUACGAGAAAGUCACAGUACCAAAGAGACCGGAGAGAAGUGAAAGCAGGACAUCCGGCCCACUUGAUUUCUGCAUACAGCUGCCAAUAACAAAGGACCAAUUGCAACACCUGAAUCGUGAGCAGUUGGAAGCCUGUGUUGCCUUCCUGAGAAUGAGAAUAGACGAUACAUCAGGCGACCUGGUCUCAACACUACAAGUGCGUGACUGGACGCUCAACCAGAUCUCGGUCAAGCACACGGUCAUCUACCAGCUGCACAAGGCCCAGGACCGCAUGCCGCACCUGCGCCCCAGCUCACCCAACAGUCGCCUCAUCCCCCCUGUCAAUCAAUCAAGCCAACUGACCAAUCACGGCAUCUUCAGAGCUGAAAGACUCAUGAACACUAAGGCAUAGAAGGACUCCGAAAUUUCUGGAAUUAGUGUUGAAUGCCAAAAUUAGUGAAAGAAUUAGAUUUAAAACUUGACUGUACAUAAUGGUAACAACUGUUGAAUUAAUGCCUUCGAAACAUGAAAAAUCAAGUUUUAUUCAAUCUAUAUUUGUUGAGCGGAAAGACUCAUGAACACUAAGGCAUAGAAUGACUCUAAACUUUCUGGAAUGUCGAAUGCCAAAAUUAGCAAAAGAAUUAGACUUAAGACUUGACUCUACAACUUGACUGACUGUAGCCUUAAGUUGAAAUAAUGCUUCCGAAACAUGAAAAAUGAAGUUUCGUAAUUCUAUAUUUGUUGAGCGGAGAGAUCUCCAGUACAUGCUAGCCUUGUAUUUCACUUUUUAAUACUUGACAAUAGUAUUUCAGACAAAAAAUUGACAUCAUACUAAAUGACCAAGACUGUAUUACAGUUUAACACUGCACUAAUCGGGUAUGACUGGAAUGUCUUAGUUCAGUCUUUAACGUUACACAAAAGGAGUAACUGUAAAUUUUAGUUAAUAGCUUAGUUAUGACUGACAUUGUUUAUGUCUCAGGCAUUUCUACCUGAAACUGGAAUCACUGCCUGAAGUUUGUCUCAAACUUCGAUCCCAGAAGUACUACUUGUAAUUUUGUAAAUAUCUACUUAAAAGAAAAUGUUGACUAACAUAAUAUAUUUUGGGAUAUUGAAUGUUGAUGAUAGGCAUUCAUUGGAAUCACUAAUCGGAAUCAUGGAAAACUUCAGACAAAAAAAAUAGUAGUGCAUAGAUCUCUGGUAAUAUGUGACUAACAUUUUUAAUAGGUACAUGUAUUUCAAAACUUUGUCUAAUUUCAAUUUCCAAGCACAGGAUGUGCUUUGGUCACAUUGAUACUAGUAUCAUCAAGAAAGUUUAAAUUUUGUGGUUUUACAAUUAUGCAUUUGGGACAAAGCAAAUUCUACUUCAUAUGAUUCAGCUUGAGGAACAAAGCUUUGUAUCCGAACAGUUUAACUUGGCAACAUUUACUAAUUAUCCGGUACCAAUGACAUUCAAUGUGAUACUUGGGUAUUCUUCAAUAAAGUUAUUUUGAGUAAA